AUGGUCAGGAUCUCGGUUCUGAACGACGCCCUCGUGAGCAUCGUCAACGCUGAGCGCCGCGGUAAGCGCCAGGUUCUCAUCCGCCCCUCGUCGAAGGUGGUGGUGAAGUUCCUUAGCGUCAUGCAGAAGCAUGGCUACAUCGGUGACUUUGAGAUCAUCGAUGACCACCGUGAUGGCAAGAUUGUUGUGCAGCUCAUCGGCCGCAUCAACAAGUGCGGUGUCAUCUCGCCCCGUUACCCGGUGCCGCUGAACGAGAUCGAGGGUUGGGUGUCGAGCAUGCUUCCCGCCCGUUCGUUCGGUUUCGUCGUCCUGACGACCUCGGCCGGUAUUAUGGACCACGAGGAGGCCCGCCGGAAGCACGUUGCCGGCAAGAUCCUUGGCUACUUCUACUAA